AUUGUCUCUGGAAUACUAAACAGAAAAAAGACGACUAGGACAGGCGACAAAGAGAGAAGGAGUUAUUACUGACGGUUUUCUUCAUCUGUCCUUCUGUCUGUCACCUAACUGUCCAUCCAGCUCUUCAGCCGUCACACUUUUAUGUUGUUGUUGUUAGGGAGCAGCCAUCCUGAGGUUCUCCAGAACUCUUGGUCCUUCACUGUGGGUCUGCUACUCGGAACCUCCUCUGUGGACAAGAAGAUGGGCUUUGCUGACUUACUGGAGGAGGUGGGCGGCUUUGGCAGGUACCAGUGGCUCCAUGUGACUCUUAUCAGUUUACCUGGUUUGUUGAUGGCCAGUCAGAACCUGCUGAACAACUUUGUCUCAGGAAUUCCUGCCCACCAUUGCAGCCUGCCAGCCAAUCACAGCCACUACAACUUGUCUCAGUACCAGGUGGAGGAGAAAGAGUUUAUCAAAGCUUUUAUUCCCAUGGACUCUUCAGGAACAAGACUGGACCGCUGCAAGAGGUAUGUUGAGCCUCAGUGGCAGCUGUUAGUCCCAAAUAACACAGCUAAUCUGAGCCAGCUACAGACUGAAGAAUGUUUGGAUGGAUGGACAUUCGACAAAACAGAGUUCCUUGCUACCACCGUCUCCGAGUGGCAGCUGGUGUGUUCUCUGCGUCCCCUCAAACAGAUGAUUCAGACCAUUUAUAUGGCCGGAGUUUUAACAGGAGCAAUUAUUUUUGGAGGUCUUUCAGACAGGUUUGGGAGGCGGUCUAUCCUCAUAUGGUCGUACCUCCAACUUGGUAUUCUGGGUUGUAGCUCGGCCCUCUCUCCUUCGUACACCGCCUAUUGUAUUUUUAGGUUUUUGAGUGGGAUGGCAGUGUCCGGCAUCAUCCUGAAUGGAGUCUCACUGAAAGUGGAGUGGAUCCCAACCAAAGAGAGGACGUUAGUGGGGACGCUGUCUUCCUUCUUUUUUACUUUUGGUCAGAUGGUCCUUGCAGGGCUUGCCUAUUGGCUCAGAGACUGGAGGAAGUUACAGCUGGUUGCCUGUGCUCCCAUGUUUCUGUUCUUCAGCUACAGCUGGUGGUACGUAGAGUCGGCUCGUUGGUUGGUUCUGAACCGUCGGUCUGAGGAGGCAUUGAAGAGUCUUCAUCGAGUCGCUCGAAUCAAUGGAAAACCUGAGGUUGUUGACAAACUAACCCUGGAGGUUCUGCACUCUCACAUGAGUAAGGAGAUCGAGUCAAGUCGUUCAACGUUCACAGCAUACGAUCUACUGAGGACCAGAGGGAUGAGAAGGAUCUCCAUCUGUUUGGUGGCUGUCUGGUUCUCAACAAGUUUUGCAUACUACGGUUUAGCAAUGGACCUACAGAAGUUUGGGGUCAGUAUUUACCAGAUACAGAUUAUUUUUGGAGCUGUGGAUUUUCCUGCUAAACUGGUGGCUCUUGGGAUGCUCACCUACUUGGGUAGGAGGGUCUCUCAGGCUACAUGUCUCUUCCUGUCUGCUCUCAUCAUAUUUGCCAACAUCUUCGUCCCCACAGAAAUGCAGACCAUCAGGACCACGUUGGCUUGCUUGGGGAAAGGUUUUACUUCGGCUUCCUUCACCACCGUCUAUCUGUACACUGGAGAGCUCUACCCCACCAUCAUCAGACAGACAGGAAUGGGCUUCGUCUCCACCAUGGCGAGGCUUGGCAGCAUGGCAGCUCCUGCCGUCCUCAUGCUGGACGAGGUAUUCCCUGCUCUGCCCAGUAUGGUGUAUGGGGGGUCGGCAGUGUUGGCCGCCUGCUUCGCCUGCUUCUUGCCAGAGACGCUGAACAUGCCGUUGCCUGACACCAUCGAAGACGUGGAGGAGAGAUGGUCUAGAACAAGUCCUACCCUUCAAAUAGCAGAGGGGGUGUCAUUGAAAGAGGGCAUGGACUUUGCGGGUGGAGGCGCGGUAUCGACCGAAGAUUGUCCUUUGAAAGAGCUGAAGGAGGCAGAAGGGACGGGACUGAACGCCCUCUGACCAAUACAAUGGCUAAACUGGGCCUUGAUCAAUCCGGAGGCUGGAGGGGACCUCAACCAACCAGACAGCUGAACUGAACCACGACCAAUCAGACGUCUGAUCUGAACCUUGACCAAUCAGACAACUGGAGUCAAUAAUAACAAAAUAAGUGUUUUCUCAGAAAGUAUUAAUAAUAAUGAAUAAAGAGCCUCAGAUGUCUAAUUAUAGAUUAUUGAUUAACUGUAAGUGAAGCUAAAACACAGCAGUUAUGUGUUCUCUGAUGAGUUAAGUUUCUGUCAUUGAUAAUGAUAAAUCAAUAACAAUUUUACAUAACUGAAACAAUAAUAAUAUCAGAUAUUUGUUGUCUUUAUUGCCAGCUCUGGAUUUUUUAAGGUCUCUCAGCAUUAACCUGUGCGCAGAUGGUAUACUUCAGUGUAGGUCCUUAUACCACCGUGUGAAAAACUGUGUAAAAUUAAACAAGUUUAAUCUCUAA